GUGGGACGAAAGAGGAUCCAUUGAGCAGRGGAACGCCCGCCUUGCUGGCAGACUGUCUGUUUCUAUCAGUUGUGUUCAGAGUAUUACCGUCAGUCAGCAUGGCCCUUCUCUCCACUCUCACGCCGGUGUUUGUGGCUGUUUUAUGCGUGAUCCUAGUUUUUCUGUUCAAAAGCUCUCAGAAGAAGAAGGACAACAAGGCAGUGAAACCCGAGUGGAAGCCCAAGGCCGAGGCCCGACCGUGGGUAGACGAGGAUCUUCAGGACGACACAGAGAUCAGACACAAAGACGAAGAGGAUGGUGAUUGGGUGGAGAGUGGUGGGGAGGAGGAGCUGGCCCACGUGCCCUACCCCGCUUCUCGGUACCCCGUAGAGGUCAUGGUUCAGAGGUCACAGGACUUCUACAGCCUGAUGAACCAGAGGAGGUCUGUCCGCUUCCUCAGCCCCGAGCCCGUUCCACGACAGGUCAUCGACAACGUCAUCCGCACUGCAGGCACAGCCCCCAGUGGAGCCCACACAGAACCCUGGACGUUUGUGGUGGUGUCAGACCCAGAGGUGAAGCACCAGAUCAGGCUAGUGGUGGAGGAGGAGGAGGAAGUCAACUACCGUCAGAGGAUGGGGGACAAGUGGGUCAGUGACCUGCAGAGACUCAGGACGAACUGGGUGAAGCAGUAUCUUGAUGUGGCUCCCUACCUCGUGUUGAUAUUUAAACAGACGUACGGCAUCGUAGCUGGAGGACAGAAGAGGACUCAUUACUACAAUGAGAUCAGUGUGUCCAUCUCCUGUGGCCUGCUAUUGGCCGCGCUGCAGAAUGCAGGUCUGGUGACGGUGACGACGACGCCCCUCAACUGCGGCCCCCAGCUCAGGUUGCUCCUUGGUCGGCCAGCCAAUGAGAAGCUGCUGAUGCUUCUUCCUGUUGGUUACCCCGCCCCCGACGCCACCGUGCCCGACCUCACCCGCAAGCCACUCGACGACAUCYUGGUGCACCUGUGACAUCAUCAUUAAGGGCCCGGCCGAGUGACAUCAUAGAUGUAAGGGUACCUUCUGUCCUCGUCUCCUCCCAGUCAUCUGCAAUGAUUUGUAAAGUAGCWACAGUCAUCAAAAUGUUUACUAUUCUAAUAAAAUGCAACAAUUGGACAAUAAAUGAAGAUACUCCAAACGUUUUCAAUUUUUAUAAUCCAUCAGAUAUCAACUUACAUAAAACAUAAAACGUUUUACUGGCACGGACAAAUAAUGUUCAGGGAUUUUGGUGGAAAUUCAGGUAUUCAAUUUAUUGUUAAAUUUCACCUUUUUUUCUUCUUAGAAUGGACUCAUAUAUAGAUGUUCUAAUGGUAUCAGGUAUUUGUUUUAAACUUUUUUUGUGUUAAAAUAAAGAAAAUGGUAUUGCCUCAUUUGCAUAAACACAUGGGGUGUGUUUGCAUAUAUUAAUAAAUUAACAUAAAGGGGUGGAACAAGGCUGCAGCCACCCAACCAGU